AUGUUUCCUGUCGGCCCCAAGUCACGACCGGAGUCGAGCCUGCAGACGCUUAAAGAGUGCCAACUUUUCUCUCACUCCACCCCCCUCAUCCUCCCCCCCCCCGCAGGAGGGCACCUCAAUCCGUCUUCUCGUGAGCGCACAGACGACGGUGCGCGACGUGAUCCGGUACGUCGUCAGGCGACUCGACCUCUCGGCCAGCAAGACGGCGCCGCACGCAGCGCCGCGGCCACCGGCCGACGAGGCCAGCCACUCGACCAGACCGGCCGACCUCGUCCUGACGAUCUCGCUGGACGGGCAGUCGGAGCGUUGUCUGCCCGACCUCUUCCAUCCGCUCCUGCUGAAGGCGCCCUGGAGCGCCGGCCGACUCACCCUGCGCCUCCGCCACGAUUGGCUCGACCGGCAGCGCUGCCCCCCCCAGGCGGACUCGAGCCACCGGCUCCGGCCCGCCGCCGACCCACGCGCCGCGACGGCGCCGGCACCGGCACCGGCACCGGCAUCGUCCGCGUCGCCCUCUCGACGCCGCCUCGAGGCGCGCCGAGACGAAACGGCGACGGCGACGGCGAC